AUGAAGACAGCGCCCAACAAAAGGCCAUACAUCUGUAUUCCGAAAAAACUCAUUAAUCUUUUGGCCGAGCAAUAUGAGCUUGAUCAUGGACUGCUUGUAGAAGAUCUGAAUCCCUACGUAAAUGAAGGAUAUAUACAAGCUUACUUCCGUGAAUGGGGCACCGUCAAAUCAUGCAAAAUUAGGAAGAAUCCCAACUCUGGGAAACAAAAAUCGGUGGCCUUUGUGACGUUUUCUUGCGAGGAAGAAGCAGACAUGGCAGACUGGGUCGGUCCUCACAAUAUUGGUGGAACAGAAGUUAAAAUGAGGCGCUUUGUUACUUUCAAGGGUGAGGAGGAUUCAGAGCAAGGGGUUGAUGGAGCCACAGUUAAACCUCGACCACGGCCUUCAAUGGGUCUUGGCUACCUACUCGAAGAUGCUCAGUGGUUAGACGAAGAUGAAUGAAUAAACAAAGCUUUGAUCCAAAGUUGACCAGCUUGAGGGCAUUGGUUGUUAUGUCAGUACCAUGAUUGUUGACUUUAUGGUAACAAGACAAAAUUGUGAAGUUGUAAGAAAAUAGUAGUUAUUGUUGGUUUUCUUUGCUCAGGA